AUGGAUGGGAUCAAGUGUACGCAGACGGGAGGUCUAAGAAACAUAACGGAGGAUGUUUGUGGGCGGGAGAAUGUGGAUGGGAGUGCUCGUUUGGAAGAUAGGCAGGGCCGGGAUGAAGAAUCCCCUACCGAGAUGCGUGGGCAUGUGGAUGAGAUAUCGUGUACACAGUCGGUGGUCAAGAACAUUGUACAGGUUAAUGAACCUAUCCAGCCGUGUACGCAUGGGGAAAGAGAAGGUGAGGCACGUACAGGGGGAGCUGAUGAGAAGCAUGAGAAGUCUAUGGAGGACGAUGGGGACACACAACUGCGGGCACUUAUUGACAAUAUCGUUGCUGGAUCUGCCGAACCUAAAUCACUGAACUCGUUGGAAAUUAUCGCCAGCGAUGUAAACGUGGAGAAGGUUGUGGACAGCAAGGGAGUAAGAGAGGGGGGAUCUAGUAUGAUGGAAAUAUGUGAACCUUCUGAUGUUUCAGCGAGAGUUGAGUCAGAACAGCAGGGGACAGGCGUGGAGGGGAUGGUAUCUGAGCGGGAGAGUAUGGGAGAGGAGUGUGUUUUUGAUCUUGCGCAGACAGAUCCGAGUGUUGGUAAGGCUCCAGUGGUUAGGCCUUCGGUUGUCGAGACGGAAGGCAAUUCUCAUCUACGAGUCCCCGUACACGAGAAGACGACCCAGGCUCCAGUGGUUCAGCCUUUGGCUGUAGAGACAGAAGGCAAGUCUCAUCCGCGAGUCCCCGUACACGAGAAGACGACUCAGGCUACAGUGGUUCAGCCGUUGUCUGUAGAGACAGAAGGCAAAUCUCAUCCACGAGUCCCCGUACACGAUAAAACAACCCAGUUCUCAAAAAUAGAGACGGGAAGUAAGCCUCAGCCACGAGUAACUGUACACGAGAAGACUGUGAUUUUUGGAGAAGAGCAUUUGCGUGGUCAGUGUAUGGUAGUACGGAAAGAGGUGGAGGCAGGUAAUGCUGUUCUUCCAACGACGCCGCCAGCUGCGCGUGUACUCACGGGUGCUCUGGUUGUUGACUCAUCUCCGACAUCCAACCGAGCGACGCAUAUAACUGUUAGUGACUCAUCACCCCCACCUAAACGAUCGGCGCACAUUCCUUCUGUGAUGGAGACUGAACUUGCGAAAGCCCUUGUUGCGGCUCCAAGACUACCAGCCUCGUCACUUGUCUACCAAACUGAUGCGCAGCUGUUCCACAUGUUAAAGAAAACCCUUGCUGCCAACAAAGACUUCCUCCACAUUUCGCAAGACAAAUAUGAUCUUGAUAACUCCUUCUUUCUUGAUCUGGCGGAGAAGCAGAAGUGGGUGUCCACGAAGCAUAUGGAGGUUCUGAUGACGUACCUUGGGGACAAGCACGCGGACCUACUAUCGAAAGAGAAUUCCAUGUUUGCUUCACCUUGGCUUGUAAACCACUUGCAAGGGAAGUACAGGAAGUUCAAGGCCGCUAUCAACAAGGGAAUGAUAAGGUGGGAUGAUUGUAUCACCAAAUUCGUGGUUACACCAGGACAGACAUGGCUAGAGGAGGUGCACACAGUCUAUUGUCCAAUGAUAUGGGACAACGAGCAUUGGGUGGGUUUGGGUUUGGCGAUACAUCUCGGGUCACGGUUCGUUGAGGUACUCGAUCCAUUGCCCUCUCUGAACAAAGAUGGGAAGGUUGAGAGGUACAUGGCUCCGGUUGUGGAGAUGCUUCCUCACAUAAUAAGUAGGUUUUGUCCAUCGGCAACACAGAAACGCAACAACAAGCCAUUCACGUUUAAACGUGUGGCCAACACUUAUGAGAACCAUCGUUCCGGCGACUGUGGACCUGUGGCGGUGAAGUUUAUGGAAAUUCAUGCUUACAAUGAUCCACCUCCUCAUUUGUCAGGGCUUACGGACGAGCUGGUUGGAGAUUCCAGGAAAAACUAUGCAAUGGAGUUGUACAGGGGAAUGGUUCUCCCCAUCUAUUUCCCUACUUCACCACCACUAUCACCUGUGGUCGAGCCUUAG